GUUCCAUUGUAACGGGCGAGGAAUAGCUGUCCCUGCAUCUUUGAUUGAUUGACUGGCCCAAAAAACGCGACAUCGCGUUAACUCCAAUUUAAGCCAAACUCCAUCCUCAUCACCAUCUUCAAACAACGUCAAUUAUUUCCACCGCUUGAAUUGAUCGCAUCGGAUUCGAAUUCAUCGCGACGAGUAUAUUUAACUUUUAGUUUGUUCACAGCGUAGCCCUCGACUCAUACGCGAUUCCUCCCCGGGCAUGCCACUCGACUUUCCAUAAUGCGUAUGAUCAAGCCUUCAUGGCUAAGCCAUAGCGGCGAGCAAAAGGAUUUCGAGGUUUACAGCUGUCAUGUCUCCCCGGAUGGAAAACGACUUGCGACUGCUGGCGGCGAUGGACACGUCCGCGUAUGGUCGACCGAAAGUAUCUACAAUGCCGACACACCAAAGUACAGCAAGCCGCGCCAGCUCUGCCACAUGAGCCAUCAUCUUGGAACAAUCCACUCAGUUCGCUUCUCGCCUAAUGGGCGCUAUCUUGCCAGUGGAGCGGACGACAAAAUCAUUUGCGUAUACCAUCUGGAUAAAGGACCGCCAGCUGCUACCUUUGGCACCAACGAGCCUCCUCCUGUCGAGAACUGGAAGACAUACAAGCGUUUAAUUGGGCACGAUAAUGAUGUUCAGGAUCUCGCCUGGUCGUACGAUUCUUCGAUAUUGGUUUCUGUUGGCCUCGAUUCGAAGGUCGUCGUCUGGUCUGGUCAUACGUUCGAGAAGCUGAAGACUCUGCCUGCACACCAAAGUCAUGUCAAGGGUAUCACCUUCGAUCCUGCGAACAAAUUCUUUGCAACCGCAAGCGACGACCGAACGAUCAAAAUCUUUCGAUUCACUUCGCCUGCGCCUAAUGCGACACAGCACGACAUGGUCAACAACUUUGUUCUCGAAACGACCAUUAGCUCACCAUUCAAGAGUUCGCCCCUAACUACCUACUUUCGGCGAUGUUCGUGGUCCCCUGAUGGUAAUCACAUCGCAGCUGCCAAUGCUGUAAACGGCCCCGUGAGUUCAGUUGCUAUCAUCGAGCGGACGAGAUGGGAUAGUGAAAUCAAUCUUAUCGGCCAUGAAGCCCCAACGGAAGUGUGCAUGUUCUCCCCUCGUCUGUUUCACACGUCAAAGCCAGAUGCGAGCGCAGCCGAUGGGGCUGCGACGUCGCUCGUGACAGUGAUAGCAUCAGCUGGCCAGGACAAGACUUUGAGUAUAUGGAACACAAACACAUCCAGGCCUGUGGUCGUGUGUCAAGACUUGUCAGGCAAGUCAAUAUCUGAUCUAGCGUGGACUCCAGAUGGACAGACCAUUUUUGCGUCAAGUCUAGACGGUAGUAUUGUGGUUGUAAAUUUCGAGGAGGGAGAGCUCGGCUGGGUAGCGCAACCAGAGGAGAACGUUAAGGCACUUCAGAAAUAUGGCGCGUCUCGGAAAGGAAUGGGUAUAGCCGAGGACGUCGAUGGCCUCAUUUUGGAAAACCAGAGUAAAGAGGGAGAGUCGCGGGCUGUAGAGUCGAGGAUGGGUGCACUCAUGGGAGACUUUUCUGAGUCAACUAAGGAGUCAACACCUAUCGCUAAUGGCCCUAAACCCAAUGGCAUUUCGGCAAAACCAUCGACAAAUGGCCAAGCUGAGCCAGAAAACGAACCAGAGAAGCAGCCAGAAGAGGCAGCUGACAAGACAGCCGAACGUGUCAAGGAAUUGAAAUCGCGGGUCACUGUCGGCAAAGAUGGCAAGAAGCGAGUUGCACCUUUGUUGGUGUCAUCAUCAGGGACAGGUACAUCUUCAUUGCCUCAAACUCAGUUGGUUGGAACAACGAGCACCAACAAAAACACGCAGAAUGAUACGCCGCAGACAAUAGUUGACAUGAGCAAGCCCUAUGACGGUCUGCCCAAGGGAGGCAUUGCCGCCAUGUUGCUUGGUAACAAGAGGCAAAUGAACCUGGGUGAUGACGAAGAUGAAGAGGAGCCGGUUGCCAAGCGUGUUGCAACAGGUCCUACACCUAUUGUCACUGAUGGCCCUAAUGGAGUCGAGCCAGCAGCUCUCGUACCUGUUCCGAAUGGCGUUGUUCCCACACCAGAGUUCCUCAGGCCCGCAGUCAUGAAUGUGUCUAUGUCCUUCGCUCAGGUCAGAUUAGCUGUACCGAAGAUCCGGUCACAUAUCCUUCGGCCGCUGGACAGAGGAGUUUUACAGGGUGAGAGCUCCUUAGAAGAAGCAACAAAGACCCCAGAAAACAUAAUUCUGGAAGCGAAGAAUGAUACCACCCAUGGCCAUCCUUCGCAUGUCAUAGUCAGCAAAAGGGGUGCCCUUAUCUGGGAAGAGUGGCUUCCCAGAGAUGUCAUUCUAGUGACAGCGACGAAACACUUUUGGGCCGUGGCUUGCGAGGAUGGAUCUGUGCAUACUUGGACUUCUGCUGGAAGAAGACUUCUUACCCCUAUCAUACUCGAGUCGCAGCCUGUUAUCCUAGAAGCUCGCGAUCACUGGUUGCUGUGCAUUACAGCUGUCGGCCUUGCCCAUGUUUGGGACAUGAAAACCCAAUCUGCUCCCAAUCCUCCGGUGUCACUUGGACCAAUUCUGGAUAUUGCCACGACAUCGCUUAACCAACACAGCGCGACGCCUGGCCCUGGUAUUACUUCUGCCCAUCUGAACAGUACUGGCCACAUCAUUGUGACACUGACCAAUGGUGAUGGCUACUGCUAUGCUCGCGAUAUGUAUACAUGGCAACGCCUAAGUGAAGCUUGGUGGGCAGUGGGCUCACAGUAUUGGAACUCGAACGAUUCUUCUAUUUCUGCUUUGCAAUCUACGGCUGUUGGUCCUGAUUCUAAGGACAGACAAGAUAGCAAGUCUUCCAAAGCCAAUGUGUCGUCAGGCAUCAUACCUUUCCUCGAGCGACAUACAACGAACGAAUUUUUGUUGAAAGGUAGAUCAUAUUCCUUACAGCGCAUUAUUAAGAUGGUUGUCCAGCGGAAGGAGUCUGAAAAUCUUGAAAGCAGUGUCAGCAUUGCCCAUUUGGAAACAAGAAUUGCUGGUGCUCUGCAACUUGAGGCACGGGAAGAAUUUCGACUAUAUCUCUUCAUGUAUGCGAAGCGCUUGGGCGCCGAGGGGGCAAGGGUCAAGGUUGAAGAGCUCCUCAACAGUCUGCUUGGUGGCAUACUUGAAGACAAAGAAGAAGAUGAGGAAGAGGACGGCCAUGGGUGGUUCAGCAAAGAAGGCGACAUCUGUGGAUGGGAUCGAAAGGAGCUGCUCACAGGUGUAGUUAUGAUUCUUGGAAAGUACCGUGAGCUCCAGCGAUUGACGCUUCAAUACGCAAGAAUUCUCGACAUAAGUUUAGAGGAUGGCUCAGUGGAUGUUGAACAAAUGGAUGUGGAGGCUUAAACAAAAGGCAUGGUUUUAAGGUUGUAUCAUUAUCGUAAUACCCGUCGUUCCUAUGAGGUGACAGAGGCGAGGACGGCGGGCACUAUUUUUUUGUUUAACAGGCAAAUAUGGCGUUGAGGCUUAUCUGCUGGGGAUCUGAUGGUCCAGCGGUGCGAACUUGGGGUACAGGCAGGGGAUAGACUACUGUUGGUGCUCGUUGAUACGAAAGAACGCCUGGUUAAUGAGGGCAUGCAAACACUAUCAUGCAGUACCAUCCUGAGAGUGUAUUGAUUGGUGAGGUUCAUGACAAAUGGCUAAUGUGGGUGAGCAAAGUGAUUCUCGAC